GCCCUGCAUUCUCUAGUUCCUGUGGCCGCUAGUCAAGGGCAUAGUGCAGUUAUUACACGUGUGGACGAAAGAAUAGUGGCCGGGGUGUUGUAUAAAAUUGUAACAUGGACAAUUUUGGAUCAGAUUUUUCCGCUGGUGCUGGUUCUGGUAAAAUGGAUCCCAGUACCAUUAUGGAACAAGUGAAAGUACAGAUUGCAGUGGCUAAUGCACAAGAGCUCUUGCAGAGAAUGACAGACAAGUGCUUCAAGAAAUGCAUAGGCAAACCUGGUGGGACUUUGGAUAAUUCAGAACAGAAAUGCAUAGCCAUGUGUAUGGAUCGAUACAUGGAUGCGUGGAACACGGUAUCCCGAACCUAUAACUCCAGAUUACAGAGGGAAAGGGCACGCAUGUGAAGGUCAUCUGUUGGUCAUCCACCAGUCAGCCAAACCUUACUCUUGUCAAACUUGAGGGUGAAGGUGCCCUGGCUGGCAUUGUCACAUUCGAACGGAAUCUGGAACACAUCAGAAGAAUGUCUGAAGAAUGUGUCUUUUAGCCAUGAAAAAUUGCCAGUGGACACUUUUUUUUUUCUUCCUAAGCAUACAAAGUAUAACUAAAAUUCCGAUCUCCUUCUGUCUUUGGUAAACCCAGACACAAUUCUGUAAUCAUUUUUUACAUGCAUCUGUUUGGUCCUGUGCACCAGUCUCAUUCCUCAUGUGGAUUUCCAGGUGCCUAUUCAUUAGUUUGUCACUGAUUGUGUUGCAGGUGCAACUCCUCUCCCUGGGGGGGGAUGAUGGUGCUUGACAGGCUCACCUUACCUCCUGUACUCAGAAACCGGCUUUCUUUCACACUGAAGUAUUUAGGAGCAACUUUGUUUUCAUAACUGUGUCUACUGAACAGGCCACCACCAACACCAUGAUACCUUUGUAGAACAAACUCUAAUUGUCAGACUUGUUUCCCCCUCUGUCACAGUAUCUGCCCACCACAGUAGUGGGUCUGUCUGAAAAAGCCCUACUGUACCCACAGACUCUGCUUGUCUUUGUCUAUGGGCAAGUCAGAUUUCUGGGAACCUCUCUCCCCUAUUCAUCUCUGUGGGAUUGUGGGGACAGAAAAUGGCGUUUGAAUUGUAAGACAUCGAUGCUCAAAGGAUCUGGUCUGAUUUUGUAAAUCCUUAACAUGGAAAUAACUAACAAGGUGAUGUGCAUCUGUAUAUUUAACCGUUGUAUGAGCCUGUAUGGACUUAAGUUGCUUAGAGAGUUCUAAGCAAAAUAAAAUAUAUUUACACAA